GCAAAACCCCACGUGUGACGCGCGAUUUUAGGAAGUGGCUUCUCAUCCAUAUUGUUGCUGUUGAGGAAAUUCAUAGGAAAAUGAGUUCUACAGAGUGUUAUAAAUGUCACCGUACUGGACACUUUGCUCGAGAAUGUACACAAGGUGAUGGAAGAGGAAGUGGAGGAGGAGGAGGAUACAGAGGACGUGGUGGUGGUGGUGGUUUUCGAGGUGGUCGUAACCCACUGCGAGAAAAAUGCUACAAGUGCAAUCGGAUUGGACAUUUUGCUCGAGACUGUAAAGAACAGGAAGACCGAUGUUAUAGGUGUAAUGGAACUGGACACAUUGCAAAGGAUUGUCAGAACGGCCCAGACGAGAUGUCUUGCUACAACUGUGGAAAAACUGGCCACAUUGCUCGAGAGUGUAGGGAGCAGGAAAAGACUUGCUACAUCUGUAGAACUCAAGGUCAUAUCUCACGGGACUGUGAGCAAGAUGACCGAAAGGUAAAUUGUUAUGUCUGUGGGAAGAAUGGACACAUUUCUCGGGACUGUCCAGAGGGAGAAAAGGAUGAUCGAAAAUGUUACAACUGUGGAGAGACUGGACACAUCAGUCGGGAUUGUCCAGAAUCUGGGGAUGGUGGUGAGGCUGAUGACACCGUCUGCUACCGUUGCAACGAAAAGGGCCACAUCGCUCGUAAUUGUCGCUCUGCUCGUACUGGCAAUAAAUGCUACCACUGUGGUGAAUUUGGCCACAUUGCCCGCAAUUGUGAAUUGAAGGCCUAACCUCUCCUGCCCACCCACGUCACAGCCUCUUGAAUGUGUUGGUCGUUUGGCACAGGUGAGAUCCAGCUCCUAGCACCCUAGCUGCAGUCUGGCCGAGACAAAUUGGUCUUGUGCUGUGGACAUCUUGAAUUUUGAUGUGGUGAGCUGUUCGUCAUCUACAUUCAUAUCUUUCUUCUGUUGAGGUGGUUGUUACGAAUUCUCAGCAGGGGGCAGCAAAUAAGAAUAUAGAAAUCUUUUCCAUUUUCAAGCUUUUAACAUUUUGCUCUAAUUCAAAAUCUGUUUUGUGUAUUAGAUCAGAGUUCACUAGCUAAUGCUGACAAUUUUAUUUAUUCAAAGCUUCUUGCAUUGUUAAAAGGAACAAUAGUUUCUACUCUGACAACAAGCCAGAAUGAAGCAUUUGUAAAAAAAAAAAGAAGAAAUUGGCUUGUUACUACUAGUCAGAUUUUCAAUAUAGGAAUGGAUAUAGCUGCCCCCAUUGACCUCGUCACAGUGAAACUUUGAAGUUCAAGUGGAAGUGAAGGUUGUCGCCGUGGGAGAAGGAGGUUAUACUGUUUCUUUAAAUUGCCACUUGUGUAGUGUAAAUCUUUGUAACUUACUGGGCCAAAGCUGUCCACUGGUAGUUUGUAUAGCCUAACAAACUUUAUUUUUGCUUUUAUUUCACCUCCACUAGUUUUUCAUUAGUGGCAUUCUGCAGUUUCUUUUUUGUAAAACAGUGUAGAAUUAAUAUUUGUCAUAUGAGUAGAUACAUACUUACUAUGUCAAGAGCUAUGUUCUUCAAAAAUAUUACUGUAGUCAAAUUCUUAGAUUAAUCUAGAAAUAUGUUGUAAUAAGUAAUCAUUGACAUGUUGGAAAUUGAUUUUGGUUUCAAAAGGAGACUUUCAAAGGCAAGGUGAGUUGUGAUAUUGAGAAAUUUUACUGUUGUGGUGGUGAUGUUAUGCUGAAAAGUGAUCAGCUUUAUUGUAUCGAGUUGAUACGAUAAUGACCCAAAAAUAUUUGAAUCUGCUGUCUAAUGAUAUGUAAGCAUUUUUACUUUCAGUUUUCUUAGCUUAUUACCAUCCAUUUUCACAUAUUAAACUUGAAAAUUGGUGUAAAGUUAACUUUCUGUAAUUAUUUUGUGGUUAAUUUCAAUGAAAUGAUCAGUAAAUGAUAAAAUUGAAUUGUUAAACUACACAAGUGAAUUCAUUAUUUUCAUAACACAUAAUUUUAAUGAUUGUGAAGAAAUAUAUGUCCAAUCUGAAUACAAAAUAAGCUGUGAAAAAAAGUUAAUGUUAGAUAGAGUGUAAAUUAUUUUAUAUUUAUACAUACAAUUGAUGUUACAAUGGUGGGAAUGUAAGUACAUUCUUCUUCAGCACAUCUACUAGAAGUUUUAUAAAAUCUAGAGAUGUGUACGAAAUAUGCUCACAUUGGGCAUGAGUAAAUGUUUUUGAAGGUGUACAAAAUAAUGAUAAAAGAACUAUUAGCACAUUAAUUAAUCUAUUUAACACUGAGUUUUGUGAGAGACCAGUUGAGUAGUUGGUUAUAGCUAACCAAAGCUGUCUUCUUGGUUUUGAGUUAAAUGGCAUAUGAUAAGGAACUAAAGUUCUCUAGAAAUGAAGGUGGUUGGGGUGAAGAUUGAUACAAUGUUUAGUACAUGAACGAUUUUCUGUAGAACUGUAUGAGUGUGUUUGAUCUGGCAGGAAGUAAUUUUAGUUCUUGUGACUUAAUUGUAACAGCUUCAGGUUUGUACUCUACUUUAGUAUAAAGGAUUACUCUGAAAAUUUAAGAACUUUGUAAAAAAGUCUAAGUUUUCUAAAUAAAUGCUUUUAUAUAUUCAAGUAAAAUUCUCAAAUUUAAAAAGGUUUGGACAAAACUUUAUUGUUUAAAUGACAAAAUUAUUGAAGGAAUGAAAUUUUGAUUCUGAUUAUAAUGUACCCCAUUGUGGAUUUCUCAUGAUAUACAUCUGAAAUAGUUGAAAACAUAUGCAUUAUGUAGUUUUGUAUAUAUAUUAUAUAUAUAAUACACACACAAAACAUUAAAUUUUCAAGAAAUAAAUAUAUCUGAUAGUAUUGUUUUGGAAUAUAUGUUAGAAUUAUAAUAACUAUAUAUACAUUUCUAAUGACUUUGUUUUAUAGGAGAUUGGCAUUAGUACUUGUUUGUAUUGUAGAACUAAAGAUUUUGUACUUUUUUUCAGGUUUUGUAUUAAACCCUGAAUUGAAGUAAUUGUAUUAUAACAUUAAGAAAUAGUACCUUAUGUUGUCUUAUUCUUAUGUUAAAGUAUUUUCUUAUCCCAAGAAAACUUAGUAAUAAGAUUUUAAAUUUUAUAGUUCUUACUUUACUCAGUGCUGGAUUUAAAACUGAUUUGGUUUCAUUAUUUUACUGCUGUAUUAAAGUGCAGGAUUAAAAGGAAAUGAGAAAGCUACAAGGUUGUAAAUGUUUUGUCAUUAGAAUUUUUUUUUUUUUUAAGUAUAUCAGCAAUUCCAUGUAAUAGCUUUUGUGUUUGUUAGAUGUUAAGUAUAUUUGGUGCUUCUCAGGUGAUGGCUAAAGUUUUAUCACGUUUCCAACCUAGAUAUGUUCUCUUAAUGAGAAUAAAGUUUUAUGUUAUAA